AUGAUGACUAGUCAUUUGACGGGUUGGGCACCUAAUGCAGCUGAGUUGUUCAUCAGCAAUGCAGAUAGUUUGCAAAAUACCAAAUGGAUUCAUUUGGGCAAUCCAACACGUUUCGAUACAACAUUAAAUAGUCAGUCGACUUUUGUUCUUCCGUUUCCGUCAACAAAACAACCAGGAACUGUAUUUUAUAUUUACAUGCGUGAUCGUUCGGAUUAUCCUAACUUAUUGAACGCUAGCUAUAUAUGGCUACCAUAUACAUUUCAUUCGGAUACGAAUGUCUCACGCGAAUGGCAAGAUCAAUGGAAUUUAUCGGAUUAUUAA